AUGUUUGCGAGGGCCUCAAUUUGCUCGACAUGCAAGCGGCCAAUGCCAUUGCGAUUAUGGAGACAGCCACAAAAUCAAUAUUUACACGCAUCGCCAGCAUUGCAGCUUCCACGACGAAAGGAUUUCUUCUCGUCCAAUGCACACCUAGCGCAAAAGCUGUCCAGCAAAGAUGAUGGAAACGAAAAUGCAGAGUCUCAAAAACAACGCAGACGUGGUGUACGAUUGCCAGCGGUAUCAACGUCUCUACGGCGAGUGGCAGUAGAGGCCCAGAGAUCCAGAGAUGGAUUUCUCUCGAAAAGCCAACUCAAGGAGCAGGGGAUUUACCAAACGAAGACGAUCACUGCUUACGCUGUUGCCGAGACGUUCGACAUUCGCAAAGUUAGAGACAUUUUACAAGAAAAAGGAUAUGAGCCGGAUCCAUUAAACACAGGACUCUUCCCACAAGUCGUUCACGUUCAAAUUCCCAUCGAUUCAAUACGCCGCGUUUCAAACCCAUCCACAACAGAUCUAUCCUCUAGUGAAGUUGGCGAUAUAUUCGUUUUUCCUUCCGGUACAGUGGUGGCUUGGGCACUUCCGGAUGGAUUUACAUCAUUUUUGGCGACAAGGAGCCUAUUACCCGCAGCUCAAGGGGCUCACGUAGAUGAGCUAGAGACAGAAGAUCUUGAAUUUGUCGAAGAUCCGAUGCGAGAGAAUAGCAGCAUCAAAGGCGAUACCAUUAUUCUGGGGACAAAAUCUGGGAAUGAAGGAGCGGAAGUAACGAUGGCUCAACAGCAAUCUAUUGAUACUGUCUUGACUAAAGUUGCAUUCUCAUCCGGCUUGGCUCGGAGUACAAAGCUUGCUGUCCUUGAGAGUCUUCUGUCGAACUAUUUUGAAUCUACCCGGACUAUCCCCACCCUCCUGUCGAAAGGCUCUCGUUUGCCAUAUACACGAGACUUCAUGCUCCGGAAGACCGGACAAUUAUUGAGCGUUCGCGCGCAGCUUAACCUCUAUUCAGAACUCACCGAUUCAUUGCCGGACAUUUUCUGGGAUAGUCGGCACGAGCUUGGAUUGGAAGGAUACUAUGAACAAGUCGGUCGAGCCCUCGAUGUGGGGAUCCGUAUCAAACUUUUGAAUGAGAAAAUGGACUACGCGCAAGAAAUUGCCAGUGUCCUGCGGGAGCGACUUAGUGAAACCCACGGUUUACGGCUUGAGUGGAUCAUCAUCCUCCUGAUUGCCGUUGAGGUGGGCUUUGAAGUCCUCCGACUAUAUGGAGAGAGAAUGCCUUCCGAGGAACAGGAUAAACCGCGCAAACACGCGGACUCGAUCACCUGA